ACGGCUGCUACUCUGAAACCAGUUUUCAUCAGAUAAACUGAGAGGUUGCUGAUUCUAUGGAUGAGAAUAUUUUCCAUGCUAUGACAAGAAUGAAAUCCAGACUAAAAAUUAAAAGUAUAUCAUCGUGCAAGAGAGAAGGAAAAUCUACUUUCCCACACAUUGUCAAGACCACAUACAGUACAGCAAUGUAAAACAGAACAGGAAACAUGGAGGGAAUAGGCCAUUUACAAUAAAGUAAUUGUAAUCAGCGGAUCAGCGACACAAAAAAGUGAUCCAAGUUAUUUUACAGAAGAUAAUGCAGCAGACUAAUCUCCACAGGCAAGGUUCAUGUUUGUGUGGGUUACUUAUUCUCUUACUAUUUACUAAGUAAACAAUCAGAAUCAGCAGCUUUGAAGUCAUACAGCAUUUGAUAAGCAGCCUAAUUUGAAGGGAUUGGGUAUAAAAUCCCAAAUCCCCUCAGUUUCUAGUUGCUGACACUGUGAGACUCAAACUGCAAGCAGAAUGGCCUUUCGUUCUUUGCUCCUUGUUUUCUUAGCUGGACUGGUGUUUUUCUCUGAAGCUGCACCAUUGGACUCUCAUGAUUCCAAGCACCCUCUUGUUGUGAAAAUUCUAGAUGCAGUCAGAGGAAGUGCAGCUUCCAGUGUACCAGUUAAAUUAUAUAAAAAGGCUGAUGAUGGGACCUGGCAGCUCUUAAGUUCAGGAAAAACCAAUGAAUAUGGUGAGAUCCAUGAGCUUACAACCGAGAAACAAUUUGUAACAGGGUUAUACAAGAUCGAGUUUGACACAGUCACUUACUGGAAGGGACUUGGCCUUAACCCAUUCCAUGAACAUGCUGAUGUGGUAUUCACUGCUAAUGAUUCUGGUCAUCGUCAUUAUACUAUUGCUGUUCUCAUCAGUCCCUUUUCCUACUCAACUACAGCUAUAGUUAGUGAACCAAAGGAAUUAGGAACUACACAUUAACCAUGCAAAUUCUCCUACAUUGGAACUACACAUUAACCAUGCAAAUUCUCCUACAUUGGUCAAUUUAAGAUUUGUAGAUUGAUUUCCUAUAAUGAAUGAUUCUGCAAUAAUCAGUCUUAUUACUCACAUAACAUUUUUCAUCUUCAAACACUAACUCAGAAGCAAACUGCUACGCAAUGGAUUUUUAUUUAAUGAAUGUGUUAACUCUGGUAAAGUCAAUAAACAUUUCUUCUUAAAAAUG